GCACGCGCAGGCCGUGGGCGGAGGCUCGGUGCUCCCAGUCGUGGCGAAGAAGGUGUCGCCUGGUCGUGAGCCGGGGCCCCCGGCGGCGGGAGGCAUGGACGCGGGCCGGGCGCUGGCCGCCCUGCUGCUGGCGGGGUCGGUGCUGAGCGCCGCGCUGCUGGCCCCGGGCCGCCCUGCGGAGCCAGAUGAAAAAAAGCACAUGGAGCUGAAGAUGGACCAGGCUUUGCUGCUCAUUCACAAUGAACUCCUGGGAGCAAAUCUUACUGUCUACUGGAAAUCUGAAUACUGUUACCGAUGUUUAUUUCAGUCGCUGGCAAAUAUUUCUCACAGUGGAAAACCUGGGAAGCCAAGCAUUGCGGCCGUCUCUGUCAGCACCCAGCAUGGGUCCGUCCUUCAGAUUAAUGAUACCUUGGAGGAGAAAGCUGCUUGUAGGCUGGAAUACAACUUUGGAGAAUUUGGAAACUAUUCUCUUCUGGUACAUCAUACCUCCAGUGGAGUCAGUGAAAUUACCUGUGACCUAGUUGUUAAUGAGAACCCAGGUGACAGCAGCCUGCGUAUGUAUAUGUGCUUUGUUGACUCUUAA